AUGGUCAGAAAACAGAAAACUACUAAUCAGGAACAAAUCGUCGCUACCUCGCAGAGCUCUCGAUUUCAUAAUGAGACCUUAGAUACGCUAUCCAAGGAUAUAGACUUGCGGAAAGUGUCGCUUUCGGCGGGUCUCAAGGAUCUACUUGUGGAUACUGACUUGAGGAUUACCGAGGGCGCCAAGUAUGGGCUUAUCGGGCCCAAUGGGUGUGGGAAAACGACCCUUUUGAAGUGUAUUGGGUAUAAGAAGAUACCGGGUAUAGCUUCGAACCUUCGUACGUUGUACGUGGAACAGGUGGCUGUGGAAGGCACGGAAAAGCUGGUUUUGGAGACCGUGGUCGAUGCAGACAAGGAAAGGGUGGUGUUGCUGUCUCAAUUGGCUGUGUUGGAAGAGGCCUUAGACUCUGGCGAUGCUCUCAAGUUGAAACAGGCGAUUAAGUUUGUCAAGGUUGAAAAGCAGAAGCUGGAGUUGGCGGCAGCGCAGAAAAUUGCUUCGGAACGGUCGGGGACCAGAGGCCAUAAGGCCAGAAAGGCUUUGGUUGAACAGGAAUCGUUGCUUUCACAAGUUGAAGCGCUUUCUUUGGAUGAUGUGGUUGAAGAAGGCACCGACGAAGCUUUGGUUGCUCAGGAACUUGUUUCGGAAUUGACAGACCAGCUCCAGGGCUACGACUCGGUGGAAGUGCUUCGUGUGAACGCUGCAAAGAUUUUAGCUGGUUUGGGCUUUACAGAGAAGAUGAUUGCGGAACCGGCAAAGAUUCUCUCUGGAGGCUGGCGUAUUCGUGCUUCUUUGGCGUCUGCAUUGCUUAUCAAGCCUGAUAUUUUGCUUCUCGAUGAGCCUACUAACCAUCUUGACUUGCCUACAGUGUUGUGGCUCCAGAAGUAUUUACAGUCUUUGGAUGAUGUUUCCAUGGUGGUUGUCUCGCAUAAUCGUGCUUUUUUGAACGAGGUUGCUGAAGAGAUCAUUGUGUGUAAAGACCAAGGAUUGGACUACUUCACGGGUAAUUACGAUGAGUAUAUUCUGGAUUACCAGGAUAAGCAGAGCUUCUUGCAGGCCAAGGCAGAUGCAAAUCAAAAGAAAAAGGAUGCGUUGGAACUGAGUGUGGAGAAAGCACUCGUGGCUGCAAAGAGAAGUGGUGACGAUAAGAAAGUGCAAACUAUGGUAUCGAGGAAAAAGAAGCUCGACAGAAUCGGUAUGGACGUGAAUGAAAAGGGCCAUCGGUUCAAACUUAACAGAGAUAGAGGCGGGUACCAUGAAACCAUCCGUGAUGAAGUUGUGGUCGAUAAACAGAUGGUUCCAGAUGUAUGGAAGGUGGAACCUCCUCCACCGAUGCGGUACCAGGGUGAUCUUGUGGUGUUGAACAACGUCGGCUACAAGUACUCUAAUAACUCUGUCAUUUUUGGACGAGUCAAUUUGAGUAUUGGCCAAAGAGCACGAAUUGCCAUUGUGGGUGCCAACGGUACCGGUAAGUCUACGCUUAUCAAGUUGCUUACAGGUGAAAACAACCCUACGGUGGGUACAGUCGAAAGACCCGGCAACGCUACGAUUGGAACGUUUGACCAGUUCAACGCCGAAUCGUUUAAAGCCAACUUUGACGACGACGCAACCGCUCUUACAGUAUUCAACGACAAGUUCCCAGAGCGCAAGGAAAGUCAGUACAGAGGCCAUUUGGGUAAAUUCGGAAUCAAGGGCACUACAGCAGUCAAACCGUUGAAUACGCUAAGUGGAGGAGAAAUGGCUCGUGUGAAGUUGGCGCUUAACUUCUUUGAGCUGUCGCCAAACUUGCUCAUUUUGGAUGAGCCGACAAAUCACUUGGAUAUGCUUUCGAUCGACUCGCUAGCCGAGUUGGUUGCCAACUACGAAGGCGCAGUUGUCAUUGCCUCCCACGACCAGUACUUUGUUUCGAGGUUUGCCGAGGAGAUCUAUACGUUUGAAAAGAAGCAGCUCAAGCGGCUCGAGAGCAUAGAUGAGUAUAUCGGCACGCUCGGCUUAUAA